AUGGCGAUCUUCGACUCCGAGAAACGCCCCAAAGGCUUCCGCGUCCCCUCGUUCGGGAAGAAGUCUGGCGCCUCGAAAUCCCAAACUUCCUUCCACAGUAAAAAGUCCACCGGCUCUGUGCCUCCCGACGACGAUCCAAUGCCAAUUCCAGGCCCGGCCGCCUAUCCUGCCCCGCCUCGACCGCGCCCUCUCCCGAACAAAGAAUUGCCGCCAACUCCUAACGAGGCACGGGGGCAACCACCGCCACGAACCACUUCCAUUCCCCGGCGCGGCCCGCCGUGA